AUGCUCGGCUGCUACGCCGACGAGGCGUCGGUCUACGUCGUCAUGCCCUUCUGCCCCCACGGCGACCUCUUCGGCGUCGUCGAGAGCCGGGGCGCGCUCGAGGAGGCGCGCGCCGCCGCGUACAUGGGCCAGAUCGUCGCCGGCCUCGAGAAGCUCCACGCGCUCGGGUUGGCGCACCACGACAUGUCGCUGGAGAAUCUGAUGUUGGACGCGAACGAGGACGCGAUCAUCAUCGACUUUGGCAUGGCCGGCUGGCCCUGCCGCUGCGGCAAGCUGCUCUACAUGGCGCCCGAGCUCUUCGAGGCCAAGGAGCCCUUCGACGUCUUCGCCGCCGACGUCUGGGCGCUCGGCAUCAUCCUGUUCCUCCUGCUCACGGGCAUGCCGCCCUGGGACGCGGGCAGCGGGCCGACGACGUCGGACAUGCGCUACGUCUACGUCCGCGACGGCCGCCUCGACGAGCUCCUGCGGAACUGGAACAUCUCGCUGAGCCCCCACGCGCCGGACCUGCUCCAGCGGCUCCUCACGGCGGACCCGCGGAGCCGCCUCACGCUCCCCCAGCUCAAGGCCCACCCCUGGUGGCAGGCGAACGCGCGCUUCGUGAACGUGCCCGUGUGA